AUAUUCAUUUUUAUUGUAUAUGAUGUGCAUAUAUCCAUUGUAAUUAUAAUUAAUCCUUUACUAACACGCAGAUAUCUUUGCAUUUUAAAAUAGUUUGUGACAAGAAAAGUCUUUCUUAAUCAAAAUGACCUUUGGUUCAUUUAAAUGUGUUGGAUCAUAUUUCUACCUGAGCCAGAUGGCAUGCCAGGGCCUACUCAGCAAGCCUAAUAAACUUUGCUGUGAGCAGGUCACUGCCAGUCUGUGGCCAGUGCUGGUCUCUCCUCUUGCAGUUCCCAGUAUUAAAUGUCCAUUCUUUGUCUUCCAGAUGAUUUCAGGUUUGACAGUAAAAAAUGAAUACAUGUUACGCACGUUUUUGAAACUUUUUUAAUGCGUGUUGUAUGUGCGGAAUCCUGCACAUGUGUCUCCAGAGCAGUGUUGAGUAAGUUACUCAGAUAAACGAAACGAAACGACUUUAAUUCAUUCAAUGAAAUUAUAUAAAACUACAUAAAGUAUUGUUAUUAACUGACUAAAGUAUUACAAAUGUGGGAAAGAUACAUUAACACAUGCAUUUUAAAGUUAUACUUUGAAUUUGAAUGUCAAUUCCACUAUUGUAUAAAUUACUCAUUGUUUAGAUCAAUUACAAGUAACUUUAUUUAAAUUACAGAAGAAAUAAGAGUAAUCCCUUACUUUACUUUUUAAGGGGAAAGUAAUUAAAUUAGUUUUUAAUUACUUAGUAAGUUACACCCAACACCGCUCCUGAGUAUAACUUAAAGUUAUAUGUUCUGUAAAUCAAAUCUGUGCCACAGUAUGCAUUAUGUUAAAUAAGUCUAGACUGUAAUUGAUAUAAACAUAAGCAUCACAAUAGUAUUGUUUCUUUUCAAGAAGUAGGCCCUAUAUGUACAAUAUAAAAACUCAAAAAAGAAUUUUGUGAUUAUUGAAAGAAAUGGGAAGUUUGAGAAAUGAAAUCAGAGAUCCAAUUAUGCUGUUGAUUUUGCAGAAACCCAAUCAGAAGACAACCUUGGAUAUUUUGUAAUGACCAAAAUAUCACUAAUUGGAGGAAUGUUUAUCUCAAAAGGUCUAUAGGUUAAGUAAUUUUAAGUCGAGCGACUCAUCUUAAAAUAAAAGGGUAACCUUGUUCUUUUGUAGAUUUAAAUGUCAUUUGUAAUAUAUGAUUCAUUAAUAUAUAUUAUCACAAUGUGGUAAUAUCAAAUAAUUCCCAAAAAAACAGAAAUUUAUUGAUUUAAUAUCUGAACUCUGGGAUGAAAAAUGUAUGGCCAACACAUACAAUAACUGAAUAAUUCAUUUGUAGCACAAUAUUUGCGACAUCAAGCCAUUAGUUAGUAACAAAUUAUUAAACUAGUGAACAUUCUGAACGACAAAUAGAUAACAUAAUAGGAAAUCGAGUCUUUCAAAGAUUUUGCAAGAAAAUAAUCAGAUUUAGGAGGCAGUGCAAAAUGUCACAUUCAUUUCCAAGCUAAAGGCUACCAAACAAACAUUUUUUUUAGCAAUCGUCAUGCUCAUAUUCUAGUAAGCAUUGAAAUGCGUUUAUUUUUUCAAUAAAUAUUUUUAACCCAAAUAUGUAAUCAAAUCACCUGAAUUUAAGAGUGGUUUGAGGCAAGACAGUUCUCCUCCAAGCAACAACUUUAUGAUUAAUAUGGUUAAAUAUGGUUUGCUCUUGUUGUACAGACUGGAACACGCACUGCUAGUGGCUAAAAUACAUGAAAAGUGCUGUAAGAUUGUGAGAACAUUGCAGUCUGUGCCAGCCACAGUAGCCUAUAAUGCAGUCAAGCAUAAAACUUUAUUCCUUCAUACAGCGUGCGAGAUAAAUAUCUAUAGGCUACCGGGCCUAAAUCUUACAGUUCUCCAAUCCAAAACUCCAAUAAUUUACUCGAUGGCCUAAUACUGGUUUAUUAUAUUAUACAGCAGGGUCAAGUCUGUCCGUCAUAUUGCGACCCUCUAAAAAAAAGAGCACAAAAACUGAGUGGCACACAUUGACUAAUGACUAGAUAUUCUAACAAAUAAUUUCACUUAUAGGCUAGAGAAUUUCUUUAUUAAACUGAAUAUGUAUUUAGGCCUACAUGUGAAUGGAUAGCCUAUUUUAAUUUCUAACUCCGUUUUAUUGACUAUAUCUGUAAAGGAGAACACCCACGUGUCCACAAAACAAAAUCUCAUGACUGCGUGUGUGUAGACACACUCACAUACCUUUGAUUUAUUGAUAUUGUAUUUCGGAGACAGUGUAACACACUCAGGUUGUAAACUUUAGACGCACCUGCACAUUACACGCUCAUUUACAGGCAGGCCGUAAUUUAUUUAAUAAUAAUAUAUCAUUUAAAUUAGACGUGCGCCAACUGAGGUGUAAUUAUACAUAUCAAGUAAGUAUAUGCAGUAUAUAAACUUCGCCAUUAAGUGCAGUUUUUUAAACCAAUUGCCCAUUGUAAGCAUGCACGCACACACGCAGCCAGACAGACAGACAGACGCAUCAACCCCGUAUUUUAACCAUUCCUUCACCGCAAUCACUGUAAAAUGUGUGUACGGUGCUCGUCGCACGGGACGUCCUUGUUGCCUUUCGAGUAGUAAGAAACAAAAAACAGACGAAGCAUUUAUUCCUCUCUAUACACAAUGACAUCUAUGCGUGCUGCAUGUGCAAUGCUGCAAAGCUAUAAGACCGUCGAUUCAUCACUGUAAAUUAGGGACAUACGAAGAAAAAAUAAAUAAAUAAAUAAAACCGCACGGUAACCAGCACCUUCAACCAGUGCACUCCUCAGCUAACAGCCAUGCCACAUCUCCAGUAAGCGGUGCAUUACAGUAAAUGUUCAUUUUGUCGUGCUGUACCUUGUAACGAGGAUUUCAGAUCGCUCGAUGCUUGAAGACUUUGCGUGGGACGUUUGUAUUUGGUCAGCGUCCGGGUUUAUUCCUCCCAUCCGGAGAGCACGGAUUACUUCUUAGCGAACAUGGAUACGGAGUUAUAAAAGCACCCCGACGAGAUGACCAGGCGGUGAACUGCAUUAGGCUACUACAAAACCUUCAGAGCUCUAACUUUUUUGGGGAAGGUUGGCAGUUUCGCUCGGAAAUGGAUGAAUUUCAUCCAUUCAUUGAGGCAUUGCUGCCGCACGUGCGUGCCUUCGCCUACACAUGGUUCAACCUGCAGGCCCGCAAGCGCAAGUAUUUCAAAAAGCAUGAGAAGCGGAUGACCAAGGACGAAGAGCGCGCGGUCAAAGACGAACUACUGGGUGAGAAGCCCGAGGUCAAACAGAAAUGGGCGUCACGCCUCCUUGCCAAGCUCCGCAAAGACAUCCGACCGGAGUGUCGUGAGGACUUCGUGCUCGCCAUCACAGGGAAAAAGCCUCCGUGUUGUGUCCUUUCGAACCCUGACCAGAAAGGGAAGAUGAGGCGCAUUGACUGUCUGCGGCAGGCGGAUAAGGUGUGGCGUCUUGACCUGGUGAUGGUGAUUCUGUUCAAGGGCAUCCCGCUGGAGAGUACAGAUGGGGAGCGGCUAGUCAAGGGCGGCCAGUGUUCCAAUCCUAUCCUUUGCGUCCAGCCUCAUCACAUCAGCGUGUCCGUCAAAGAGCUGGACCUCUACCUCGCCUACUUUGUGCAGGAAAGAGAAGCUGAACAGAGCAGCAGUCCUCGCACAGGCAUCGGUUCAGACCAGGAGGACAGCCGAGCCGCCACCAUGGAUGCUCCAGAGUUUCAAGAGAGCUUUUUGACUUCGGGGGUCUUCAGUGUAACCGAACUGGUGCAAGUGUCAAGAAAUUCUGUGUAUGUGCACGCAGUACCGGUGGUGACAGGCACAGGGCCCAACUUUUCCCUCGGAGAGCUGCAGGGGCAUCUUGCUUACGAUCUGAACCCAUCAGGUGUGGGAAUGAGGAGGACCCUACCCAGCACCUCCUCCAGCGGAAGUAAGAGACACAAGUCGGGAUCCAUGGAGGACGAUAUAGACACCAGCCCAGGGGGCGAAUACUACACCUCACCGAACUCACCCGCUAGCAGUUCACGUAACUGGCAAGAGGAGAUGGAAGGAGGAAUGUCCCCCACUGUUAAGAAGACAGAGAUGGAUAGUCCAUCCCCUCAGGAGAGCUCUCCACGUCUCAGCUUUACACAGCAUCACAGACCCGUCAUCUCAGUGCACAGCGGUAUCUCCCGGAGUCCACAUCCCUCCUCAUCUCUCCACUUUCCUGGCGCCCCUAUCCUCUCCCAAACUGCCUCCACCUACUUCCCUCACACAACCAUCCGGUACCCCCCGCACCUCAGUUCUCAAGACCCACUGAAGGACCUGGUCUCUCUAGCCUGUGACCCGUCCAAUCAACAGCCCAGCCCGCUGAAUGGCAGUGGUCAGGUGAAAGUAUCCAGUCACUACAUCUCCUCUCAGAUGCUGGCCCCCCUGCCACCCCCUGGCCUGCCCCGCCUGACGCUGCCCCCAGAGUCCAAAUCCAACACCACCUCUGCAGACGCAGCAGCCAGCUCACCCACCUCCCCCACGUACUCUGCUCCUGGGACGCCACCUGCCAACCGCUCCUUCGUAGGAAUUGGUUCUCGGGACCCUGGCAGUCUGUAUCAGGCACAGUCCUGGUAUCUGGGAAACUGAUGAAAACACACACACAGAUGAACCAGAGGACACUGACAUGGAUUUGAAAAUCAAGUUUUUGUGGAAUCUACAAGAAAAAAAUUGUGAACGAGAUGGAAGAGGGAAAAUCAGCUAUAUAUGCAGUAUUUGUAUAUAUACCCACACACAUAUAUAUAUACACAAUAUGUGUGCGUGUAUAGAUAUAUGUGCACACAUAUUUAUAUAUGCAUAACAACGUAUAAGAUGCUUCAAUACACUUUCGAAAAGACAAUGGAAACGUAGGCGAGAAAGUGACAGAAAGGCCAUGGAUGGAUCAGAAGACAAGGAGGUUGCUUUUUCCUGCUGGGUUUUGGGGCGCAGCCUGAACUACAGCUGGUACAUUUGUGGACGUGUCAAAACAGCCCACCCUGACUCUCUGCCUCCUGGAUCACCUCUCCUCUUUCCCCUUCUUCCGCUACAGGUGCUGCUUCCUCCAAUAUGCAAAAUAAGUAUUCUUUAUUUUCUUAACAGACGGGGAAGAGAAACCCAGAGGAACGGGUUGUAUUGCGCCACAGGUUCAGAGGCGAGCACGGUCUGCUUUUUUAAGUUCACGGAGGAGAGGGGCGACGUGAUGUGGAAAAGGAAACUGAAAGGUUUUGACUGGUCGAUGCUUCCGUUCACACGCCGUUUGGGCUUCUUUUCAUCCACUUUAAUUGACAAUCAUGUUUGUGCAUCCUUGGUUUUGUUCAGAGGGUGAUAUUUUCUAAAUCGCAUUCUCCACCCUUUGUAACGGAGUUCCACUUUUUCGUGGAAGCCUGUCAUGUUUUUGUACAUCGGAGGACUAAUAGUGGUACCUUGUGACAUCAUACAUCACAUUCGGUGUGUAUAUGCGCACGGACGCACACACACACACACUUACAAAUAAACACACCUAUAUAUAGGCUUUAGGGCAAAGGCAUGUACUGUUAAGGCUACACUAGGUGUGCGUGAGCUGUAAAACAGCCCGAAUAGGACAAACCAGGUAAAACCAGGGGUGAACAAGCACCUUCCUUUCUUUGCAAUAUGAAAGCGCCUGAUUUCCUGGACUCUGCUGUAAGUGUGUGUGUGUGUGUGUGUGUGUGCGCGCGCGCAAAAUUCAUAAACAUUGGUAGUCCCUUAUCCAUCUCUGUGACUUUACAGAACAAGGUUUUUGAAUCAUGUUGAUAGGUGGAGAUUUUCCACAUAGUGACAAAGGGAGUUGAAAUAUAUAGUUAUAUAUGGUUAUAUAACUAUAUAUAAUUCUGUCACUACUAAGACAGUAUUGGGUGUAGCGUAUAGUUUUCUCUCUCUAAUUUGUUUCAAAUGCAUUGAAAAUUACAGGCAUUGCACUACUUUUAAUUUUUAAGUUUCCUCUUUUGCAAAAUCCUUUUUUGGCCUAAUCAUAUGGAAUGCUACAUUAGUUUUCUUUUGUCAUGUUCUGAAUGCAAGGUAGAUGAGGGUGGUUUUUGUAGCUAAUAGGUUGAUCAGAACAAUGCAACAUUUUUAUUGUAGAAGUCAUACGUGUCUAUGUAUUUAUGUGAUUACAUUUUUACAAUCCCAUAGUUUAAGAAAAGACAAACACAAGCUAUCCUUUUCUUCCCAUGUUUCUAUCGCAGAAAAGUCUCUACUGGCUGGUUGUUGACUGGUUUCCACAGGAACGCAUUUUUCUGCACUCUCAAAAAGACAUCAGGGCUUUAUAACGCUACCAAACUCAAAUCACAAAGCCAUGAAAAGUGCCUGAGACAUUGUGAGAUAUUCAUCUGAAGUCUUAUUUUAUGACUUUUAUUUUGGGAAGUUUGCUUCAUCUACUGUGGGUUGUUGUUGGAGUAUGGGGGUUCUUUUUUUAUACCCGGAGAAAGAGAUGUGAUAUGCACAGGCUCACAUUUAGCCCAGGAUGUGAAAAUGGCUUCAUGGAGAACAAAAUAAGCAAACAUACCCCUUGUAAUCUGCCAGAACAUGACAAAAUCAACUCAUGUCAGAAAUGUAAUCGGUUUCCCCCAGAAAUAUAUACACAGAUAAAGAAUAAAAUCCACACACUCUGGUUGCUUUUGCUAAACCUUUUAUAUGGCUUUGCAUACACGUUCAGUUGCAUUCACCACAGCAAGAUUCAGAAUACAUACAACAUUUAUUUAAUGGUGCUGAUAUUAAAGUAAUAUGGAAAUCUCUAUAUAUAAAUUAUAUGUAACUGCAUGGUGCUUAUUAAAGAAAAAUCACGACAAUUAAGCUCAAACGACCACCGUAUCGCUGACAUGAGCGCAUGGCAGAUAAUCUUAGUAUUAACUUUGAAGCUAAACCCUCCCUGAUUCCUCCUUAAGACCCCCCACCUUGAGCGAAGAGCCAAUGACAUCCAUGAAUUUUACCUUUGUACUACACUUGGUUUUGAAUUUUAUCCAACGAUCCCUCUUCUACUUUGCACGAUAUUUUAUAAAACAUAUUAUGUGCCUUGCCUUUAGUAAAGAACAAUAAUAGAUAAUCAUUUUAAAAAGUCGAUUUUUAUGUAAGCAGUGUCACAAUGGGACAUUUUUUUGCAUGUUUGAUUGCCUGUCAUAAUCAAAUUAAGACUAACUCUUUACCCAAUAGAUGUAGUUUUGGAUGGGUAAGAGAAGCUUUUAUGGCGCUGUUCCUCCUUUACAAGCUCCGUAGUUGUAUGUCCCCGGCAUGAAAUCGGCUUCCCUGCAUUUUUAUAUUUUGUUAGUGUUUCCUCCAUUGGUUGAUGUAAUUGAAUGUAUCAAAAUCUGUGAUUGAUGGAGUAGCAGCUCUCCAUUUCAGAGUGUUUUAAUUCCUUUUUGGGUUUUAGUUUCUUUAAAAUAAUUUAGAAUGUAUUUAAUGUUUAAUCUCUCACAAGAGAGUUUGUUCCCAUGAAAGAUGAAAAAAUAGAUCCACACAACUAAAUGUUUGUCAACAACCAAACAAUUGACUUUAUGUGCUCAACAUGACAUUUCUUUUACGUUAUUUUAAAACACAUGUAAGAGCUUUAAGGGAAAGUUCACCCAAAAUUUUGUCAUUUGCUCACCCCUGCGAGAUGUUCCAAACCUGUACAAAUUUCUUUGUUCUGUUGAACACAAAAGAUAUUUGGAAGAAUAUGUGUAACCAAAUAGUUUUGGGGCACCAUUGACUACCAUAGUUGGAAAACAAUACUCAAUCAAUGGUGCCCCAGAACUGUUUGGUUUCCCACAUUCUUCAAAAUAUAUUUGAGCAACAGAACAAAUACAUUUAUACAGAUUUGGAACAACUAAAAGGUGAGUAAAUGAUGACAGAAUUUUCAUUUUUAGGUGAACCAUCCCUUUUAGUGCUCAACCAAAAUAUGUAAACUAAUGGGAUCCAUAAUACUGGCUGCAAUAGAUUGUAGACGUCCCUUGUAUAUGUCCAUACAUUCAUUUGAAGAAUGCAUUUAUAGAGAAUAUUAUUAAGUGAAAUUAGUCAAAUCCACAAAACACCAUUUAAACUGCUGACUUUGCAUCUUCUUUCAAAAUGAUUAACGCACCAGGUUGCAUCUUCUGGUUCUUGUUUAAAAUUAGAUGGUAGGAAAUAAUUUAUAAUUUCGUACUUUGUGGUGUCAGAGGAUUAUAGGAGAAGUUAUUUCUGGAGCUGGGUCAGGGAGGGCCAUGAGGUAGUAUGCGAUGCAGUGUACAGUAUUGUUUCUGCAAUGCGUGUUGCAACGCUAGUAGCUAAUACAAUUUGCUGGUAGCUAUUUAAAGUUGAAAAAGAACGAGUUUUGUUUACAUGAUGCUCCAGUAAGAUCUUUGAGCAGAAAGUUUGUAAGCCCACUUUUUUCACCCUGGCUAAAAUGGAGUGCUUAUGCAGAAAGGCAUUCCAUGUGUACCAUGAUCCAAAAUUUUGCAGAAGUGCUAGAGUCAUUCAGCAAGCAAUUUCCUUGAGUUAAACAGGACAGGCGAUGGGUCACGGGUCUGACACGGAGUACAGGUUGGGUGUGGGCUUGUAGGCCCAAACAUCUCGAUUGCAUCCACUGAAAAUAUUAUGUUGGAAUCAUUUCACGUUGGUUUCUUUUUUUGGACAAUUUUUUUUAUUUAAUUACCUCGCAAUGGGACCUGAAGUUUCAGUAAAGAAUUACAUCUCCGUUCAGACUUGCAUUGCCCACCGUCUGUUCUGUGAAGAUUUGCACUGUUCCAUGCUCAUCUUUUUAAAGCAGUUUAAACCCUCUGGCCAGGGUGGGAUUGUGGGCUCAGAAAAACAGGGGUCUGAUCAUGGGUUCGCCGGCACAGUGCCGACUUCUUGUUUGCUUUUGUAAUGAAUAAAAUGGCUACGCUAGGCCGACGAAUGAAAACGCUUCACGUGGCGCGACGUUGUCUGACGUGCGUUUUUUUUAAAGUGGCCACAGGUGAUGAUUGAUAAUGCAUUUGUUAGCUGAUGCAUGUAAAAACAGACAUUAUCUUACCAUUUCAUUUUGAAUCCCUUGACUAAUAUUUUUUAUAGAAGCAGUAAUUUUUGUUUGUAUGCGUGUUGUCGAAAAGUUACAUUUUGAACACGGCUUUCUUGUGUAUAAAUGCUUACCAUAUAUCCAGUAGAAUAAGAAAAAGCAAAAUGUACAUAAAAUGUGUUUUUUAUGAGUAGAUACGUUUUCGUUUGUAUGUUUGGAUUUAGUCAUAAGCUUGUGGCCAAGCCACAGAAAUAAUGCAAGAUCCUUUUGAAGGAUCUGAUCUGUAAGUAAACUCGGCACCCUCACCACACUCAUUUCACACAGGUUUCAUUUUGGUUGGAAAAUACGGCCGUCAAUAAAUUCAGCAUCACUUGUCGAUAUUUUAAACAGAGUCAAUAGUUUCACUCAGAUUUGAGGGGCAGAUGCAGAUUUCAUCGCUUUAUCUCCAACACUUAUUUUAAACUUCUGCACUUGUUUUGUCUUUCUCUUUCGUCACGCAAGCUUCAAGAUUUUGAACAUUUCCUUCCGGUACAUCUACUCGGAAGAUUGCACUAGAUAAUCUGCUAUUGAUCUAAUAAUGCUUGUUUUAAGGUUUGCUUCUCUGGGUAUUUCUCUGCCUUUUUGAUGCAUCUCGAUCCACAUAGACUUUCGAUGAGAACGCGAGAAAGAAGCUGCUUGAAUGGCGCCAUUUAUUUAAAUCUUGUCGUUUCAUGAUAAAUUUACCCUUUUAAGGCCAUGUCAACUUUCCGUGCACUACAGAUAUCAAGGUCGGGAUAAAAUUGUGCGCAGUCGGAUUUGGACAAUCAGUGGCAUGAUGGACUUACCUCAGUCUGUUGAAAGUUGUAUGCAGUGUGUAUGGACAGACUAACAUGACUACCCUUACAAAAUAGUACAGUGAUGGUGUCAGAUGGUAAUACUGUGGUUCUUUCACAUGUACCAUAUAUUUGGUAAUGGUAAAAAAUAUUUCAAUUGCGAUUCCUUAUUGUACCAUUUGUAACAAAAACAUUGCAAAACUAUAGUACCUGUAGGAUUUUUUGGUACUUUUUUGUAAGUGUAGAAGAAAUGUAGACCUAGCUGUUCUGAGUGCCUUCCUGGAAUCACCCUACAACUCUUGAAUGUGGGUUUAGGGUCUAUGACCUUUCGUGAUGCGAUCUUUUCCACUCAUUUCUGUACUGUAUUCACCAGAAUUGGCAGAAUGUGCUCAGUAUUUCUUAAAAGAUUGUUAAGACCAGGCACUUUAGUCAAUGACACAUGUAAGUCCAUUUCAUAGAAUGUAAAGGCAUGUAAUGCCGAGUCCCAUAGUCCAAUUUCCCAACACUCUGUCAUGAAGAGACCCUACUUAGGCAUCUGUCUGAAUAUUAAAUUUGCCUGAGUGUUGCACUGUAGUGUUAUGUGGUUUGUGUAAUCCAAACCCUGCAAUAUGAACUUUGCACGGUUGAUGUAGAUAGAAAUGUACUCCGAUCUUUUGUCUCUUAGCAGUAAGGGCUCUGUAAAUGUUGUGACAUUUGGCAGAUAUGAUGUUGCGGUUCUUAUCACCUGAUCUUCGGUGUUAAAUUGAGACAGCAGCUGGUGAAUUUGAAAUGGAUUGUAUGGAUGGAUAAUGUGCGCAGUGUUAGGAUUACAGGCAAGGUUUAUAAAGCAAAGUAGUAGUAAUACACUAAAGGCAUCUGGAAAUGUGCUUGGGUAAACAAAAGCUAUGCAAUGAAUCCUAGCUUUAAUGAGAUUUUUGUGCAAAACGUCAUGCAGAGCAGAUAUAAUGUUAAGUUCCAUUUAAUAUUUGCCCAAAACCAUGUGCUAAACCUUCCGUUAUAGCAGUCUAAAAGAAAUGAGAAACAUGGAUUUGAUAACCCAUCCUCAGUGUGUUUUGGCAAGUUUGAACUGGUCUCUGUGGGUCUGUUUAAACAGUUUCAGAGUUGACAUAUCGUCAUAAGAGGGUUUCACAGAUCUGUUUGUGUAUAUGUAAAGUCAUACUGACAAUAACCAAAUAUUUAACUCAAACUCCUUGAAAAAGAGAGGAUGGGAAUAGACAUGUUGUUGAUUGAGGCGAUUGUGUUUUUCAAUUUAAACUCUAGGUUAAUGUUGGUAUGUUCAUCAAACUUAAAAAAAUAGAUGGUGACAGUUUCGAGAACUCACAGAUUUAGUAGUUAACUAUGAAUGAAGAUACAUCCUAAACUUUUUGUAAACUGGCUAGUUAUUUUUAUGCCCACUUUUUCAUUCCUGGCAAACCAGCAAGUCGAAUCAAAGCUAUAUACGUUCAUAUAAUCCAAAAUACAAAAAUGGGUUGAAAACACUUGCAGUGCCUGUCAUUUUACUGCUCUGUUUGGUUUGUUUUCUUCAGUCAUGUUUGUCUGGAAUCUGUUACGGGAGUUUUCACUGUACUGCUGACUUCAUCUGGGCGUUUGUUUAUCCAGUGCUUUUGUACAGUCCAACCAAGGAGCCAGAUUUGCCAAAGCCUCUCAAUAACACAACCUCUACCUUCUGCAACAUAUUGACGACAACCAUUGUGUGAGGAGAUGCUAGGAAGGGGAUUCAGAAUGGCUAUUUGAAGGGGGUGAAGAAAUCGUGUUAGUCUCUGUUCAAAGGGGAGAAAAGCCAUUAAUGGGCUUCGCUGUUAUGCAAUAUUUUAAUAAGUCUAUCACCAGUGAAUUGCCAAAAACACCCUGACACACCGCCUGCUCCGAUAACAUGACGUCCCCGAAUGUGUAAUGCCCUUAAAAACAGUUACACGUGAAUGCUUCAUAUUCACAUCAUUUUCGUUCACGGUGCCCUUUUUCCCCAUUAGAACAAUGAUUCAGUUUUGUUCUGUUUGUUAAUUAAGAUUUAGUUUCUAUGAAUAUUUUUAUUGUUUGUUUGUUUGUUUGUUUGUUUUAAAGCAUGCUGUUUUCUCUCAAUUUAGAGGCUGAUUUUGAGUUGAAAGAACGAAGGAUGAGAUGUGUUUCAGAGAGCAUUCUAAUGCAGUGUUAAAUUUCAAGGUUUUUGUUGGUUUUCCUUCUUCUUUUUUUAUCACAUUAUUCUUUACAAUUAUUACCAUAGUAGUUACUCAUUAAACGCUUGCUUGCUGCACAGAUAAACACACUUCACACCAGGAAGGGGCAUGUGGACAUUUAGUUCAGACACAUUUUAUGGAAUGAUUCACACGACUGGCACAUGCAUCCGUGUUCUUUUGGAAAGCAUCAGAUUUUCUGUUAUUCAUCUGUGUUCCUCAAGAACCUCGCAAAAUUGUAACCUAUCAGCAAAAGUCGGUAUGUCGGUUGGAAGCAGAUGAGAAAAGACAAAGACUUUCUGUGUCUCUCGUAUGCACAACCUACUAAAUUUGCCAUGUGUUUUUAACUGGUGUGAGGGGGAAAUUACAGCUUUAACAAUAUUUCAUUAUAACGUUGUAUUCAGCCAUCGCUGUUCGCAAAAAACGCUCAUGAAUACAAUACUGGAAGUGAGUAUGUUUCCCUAUGCAAAAAAGUAAAUACAAUUAAAAUGAAAUAAAAAUAAACAAAGCUAUGCUACGA